UAUCCCAGAGGCUGGAUCGCUGUACUCGCAACAGGAAGUUGCAACGUUUCUUCGGUACAGCUGAUUCCGCGGAAUCCACGCGCGUCUCUAGAGCUAGGAAGGGCAACUUGAGGGCGCUCAGCCACAUCACGCUGUUGAAGCUGUACUAAAGGAGCUCCAGCGGGACGAUCGGAUCACAUUUCUCCCAUUGUCUUCCCUCUCUCUCACCUCGCCUCCUUACUCUCAGUUCUCCUGCACCCCCAAGAUCUUCUUCCGGUACUGCUCCGGGAAUUCUCUCGUCCCUUUUGGAAAGUUCUUGGCGUUGCAAGCCGCUUGGAAAGAAGACAGAAUGAGAAUGGAUGCGUUUGUGUCUGCCAUAGGUUGUAUUUUGUUCAGCCUUGUGGCAUUUCAAGUUACUGCAGCUCCACAGGAUGAGGAGGAAAAUGAAGAUUUUAUAGUUCAUGUUCUUCCCCCAUUGAAACUUGGUCUGCCAAUCUGUGCCUUCAAAGCUGACAGUGGCCCAUGCAAAGCAAUAAACAACCGGUAUCACUUCAACAUUCAAACUCGCCAGUGUGAAAUGUUUAACUAUGGUGGAUGUGAAGGCAACGCAAACAAUUUUCAAACUCUGGAAGAAUGCCAGGAAAAAUGUAUAGUACCAGAUUUUCCUGAGACGAGAAAGAGAACAAAAUUUAAGACAGGCAUUGAAAGGCCUUCUUACUGCCUUCUGGAAAGUCAGCCUGGAAUCUGCCGAGCUUUGUUCUCCAGAUAUUUCUACAACAAAGAGACCCAGAUGUGUGAAAAUUUCUUCUAUAGUGGUUGCCUAGGAAACCGAAACAACUUCCUGUCACUGAAAGAAUGCCAGGAUACCUGCCAGGGGAGCUUCCCUUCAGGCAAUUCAUGGCAAACAGAGAAUGACAGCUUGCCCUUUGGCGAGACAAACAACAGCGCUCCAGUUGCGAAGCGAGUCACUUCGGCCAAUUCAUUGCAAACAAAGGAGGACAGCGUACUCCUCAGCAUAAAGAACAAUAGCAGCCCCGUUGUUAAGCAAGUUGUAUGGGAGGGAGAAGGCAACAGCUGGAAAAAGACUGAUCUCUUUCACCAAGUUUUUCUGCUGGCAAUCUGCACAUGCACCCACCUGGGCUCCUGGGGACUGGCAGAUGGUCUGUGGAUUGUGCAGACUGGCUAGAAAGCAUGGAAUGUGUGUGGGAACAGUCCAGCAAGAUUCCUUAAUGAAGUUAGGAAUGCAUAUACUUGGAAAAUAUUUAUGGUUUUCUGCAUCAUGGCUCAGCUCAUCACAGUCUAGAAAGCACUCAUGCCGCACUCAGAACCCAGUAAUGUGGAGCGGGGGGACCCCGUAUGCAUUCUUGUAAAUAACAAAUCAAGACAAGCUAAUGGGUGGUAUUAUCAAUGUUUUACAUAAAUAAAUACAUAUGGAAUAAAAAUUCUGUCUUGAAAAUAAUUGAACAGCAGUAUGACAGAUCAAUCCCUUUUUCUGUUCUAUUUUGUUUUGUUUUUAAAAGGAUCUCAUUUCUAGCAUGACUGUUUGCAAAUGGAUAAUGAUUUGCCCAUGUGUGCUUUGAUGCCUCAAUGUGUGUUUUUCCUCUGCGAUACUCUUGUGACCUAAACUGCAUGUUAAAACAGCCAGUCAAAAAAGAGUCACGUGCAGUACAUAUGCGCACCACUCCCAUCCCAUGUGGGGAGCCCCACCGACUCUGACCGCAUGCAUAUGAAGCCCAUGAAAUGAAAUGAAAUCAUUCAUUUGCAUGAUCACAUGCUCAUUCGUGUCCACAGUGAGAAGAGAAGAGCCCAGCUUACCUCAUAGGGUUGUUGUGAGGAUAAAAUGCAGCUAUGCAAGCUCUUUUGGGUCCCUCACAAAAGGAGAAAAGUCAUGGUAGCAAUUUAAUGUAAUUAUAAUAAUAAUGGAACUGUAAAACUCUGACAACUCUGGUACUUGUCAGAUGCAUGUACAUAAUAUCUGAAUGCUUUAGCUGUACACAGAAACUUCAACAGUCAACCUACAUUUAUUUAUUUGUUUGUUUGUUAGAAUACACGAUAGGAAAUGGAUGUUUUGACUGGCCCUUUGUCGCUUCCAUACAGCAGUCCCAUUUCUACUCUGUGCGGGCAACCAGUGCCAUUGAGAUAAUUAUAAAUGAAAUAUAAAAUAACCAGAUGUAAUUUGAAGGACGUUUUAGUGGUUUAGAUAUGAAAGAUUAACACUAGUUAAUAUUGAAUGGCCCUAGAAAGUUUUUCAGUGUUGUACUACACAAACUACAAGGAAAUGGAUUGGAAAGAAAAUAUUAGCAGAGAGUUGAAAUGAAAAAUGUUGAUAGCUUUAAUCACAAGAGAAAUGGGUAUAUGAUGGCACAGAAUUUCACACACAAGUGGCUAAGUUUGUAAAAUGCAGGAGAGAGCAUAGGUCAAAUGACAAUAGGGAACAGUAAUUAGAGCACUACAGUCUAGUCAAAGUAACUUUCCCAACAAUUUUGAUACAGAUCUAUCUGUAGAUCCUAGCGAAAGUAUUCAACCUAGAGUUUUUCUCUAGUUCUGGGGAGGAGGAGGAGGGGUAGUAGCAUUGAUGGUGAUGAUCAAAGAGAAAAGAUAGCUGUCCCAUUUUGCCACAAUGAGUUCUGGAAAAGACUUUGGGAAAAUCCCCUGAAGUUCCCAUAUUUUCAAGAACUGUGGGCUAGAUGAAACUGUUUGCAUAGCUGUAGUUGGCCUCCAGAAUUCUGAUGAUCAGUUGAAAACUUGAGUUUCUGGAUGCCACAGCUGCUAUCAUUCGGCCUCACUGGAAGAAGCUUGCAGCCCAAGUCAUUCUCUUGAGUAGGUGAAUACCAUAGUCCUUGAGUGUGUGUUGUUAUGUUGUCUGAACACAGCCAGUGUGAACAAUUAACCCUACCCAAAGUUGGCACCUCCUGAAACUAAACUCGGACCUAAAGAGAUUUUCUGUCAAAUAUACAUUUCUGAUCUUGCAGUGUGAUUUACAGAACAAAUAAGUGCAUUCAAACUAUGGCUUCAUUUAAAAAGUGCAAGAGAAAUAUUCAUAAUUCUGGCAAAUGCUUUACUCAAUGGGAAAAAUGGCACAUUUCAAAAAUGUGCGCACUAGAAAUAUGCAUUUGGGAAAAUGUGCUCAAAAAUACCCAGAAAUUCUCACAUGACAAAAAAUAAGCACAACUUGCAACCUGAUAUAGAUAUGGGUUUGAAUAACCUUUGAGGUAGAAAUUGGGGAACCUCAACGGAAAGGCCAAAUGGGUCCCACCGAAAUGGAGAGGCCAAGGUGGUGGAGCGGGUGAAUGGCACUGGCAAAUGGCAUGAGGAAAGGCAGGAAGGAAAAAUGUUCUUUUGCUAUAGGAAUAAAAAAUGAAUUUGGGAGAGUGUCUCAUUUUACACAUGUUGAAAAAAGCUAGCUGGAUCUGUUUGCCGUGCUUCAGAGCAUUAUCCGGAGGAAUUGGCAAGAAGUGUGGUACGGAACAGCACUAUACUGAAAAGCUUGAGAACUGUGGUGACGCUGAACUGAAAAGUGUGUUGUUGUUGUACUUUAUAGAUCCUGCACUGUACCAAAAUCCCCUUCAGUCCUAGACAUCAUAGGCAAUGUUGAGGGCUGAUGGGACAACAAAAUCUGGAGGCUACAUGUUUUCCGCCUUAGUUUGCCAGUUGGCUUUUAAUCCCAAAGUUUUUGCAGAUGCUUCAUGAGAACACAUAUGACAGUAAUUCAGAGAGCCCACAAUAACUCUUAAUUCAAAGGAAAGGAAAAUAAAAAUUAAAAAAACAGAGCUUGCGGGUCCUGAAAGUUGAGGAUUCAGCUCAUCUAGGAGAGUGAUUGGCAAGUUGGGUUCAACUCAUUGGCUAGCAUGGAUUCAACUCAUCUAGGAGAGGGAUCAGCAGGUUGUAGCCAACCAGGUAUUUCAGCUUACAUCAGCCCCAGCCAGCGUACCCAACGGCAAGGCGCAAUGGGGACUCCAAGACAAAACAUCUGAAGAUCCACAAGUUGCCCACCUUAUGUAGGGCUUGACUGUCUUCAUGAACCAGAGCGACCUGCUUUUCACCUGCUCUCCAUGCAUUUCCGAAUUACUCAGUUCUUAGGCUUCCCUUUUUUUUUUUUGUCCUUGCUUUGGGCUUGUGGUAUAGUCGGAGUGUAUAUUCCAGUGCAGUUUACUGAAUAGCAAACAUAAUGGAAAUCAGUGUCUUAUUUAUGACAUGGCUAAAAUCACGCUGCAUCAAAAAGUACUCAUCAUUGUUAAAUUCAGCAAAGGAAGUAUAACAAAGAAUAGGACAUAGCAGCAUGUGGCAGAUACCUGUUUCUUUUGGUUCUGGCAUGGCAAGAACCAAAGGGGGGUUGAAUCAGGCAAGUUUUUGCAUUUUCAGUGUCUGUUAACAUUGGUGGGGUAACUGCCAUUCUGCCUCAGGUAGCAAAAUGCCUUGGGCUGGCCCUGGAUCGUACAUUAUAUAAUGGGUAACUUUCAGCACUAUUGACAAGUCUGGAAUCUUCAGUAUCAUGCCGGAACAAUGCAUGUCUUGACUCUAUAUAAGCGUGAUGAUUAGCAUUCCAGUAGUGAAUUUAUGUAUUUAAACCAAAUUCAGUGUGAUAUAUUUAUUUGCAGUUCUUGUCAUCUUAGUUCAAUUCUUUUGAUAGUUUAUUGCAUGAAUCUUAUAUUUCACCUUGUAUUUGUAUAUCUUUGCCCAGCAGUACACUAGCAGAUGUCCUGUAGUAUGAUGCAGGGAUACACAGGAUUUCCUUUCUGCUUCCCAAUCAUUUUGACAUGUCUGAAAAUACAUAUUUUGAUGCUCCGAAAGAGCUGAGGAGAGCACUGCAGUGCAUGUUUUUUGCAGAACAAACCCGAAACAGCAGCAUUAAAGACUGAGUUGUAUCUAAUGAUAUU